UGUCAAGUAACUUCUCAUGUGCACAAUCCUUUUCAUUGGACAGAAGUAUGGCAAGGCAAAUUCUAUGCUUGCCAGUUGCUAUGUGACUUGGGCCUCCUCAUUUGUCUUGGGCACAAUGGUGCAGCCUGUCCUGCAUUGUCGAGGCCACCCUCCACACCAUUUGUGGUGAUCCAUGCCAAUGGCAUCCACAACAUGUUACUAGGAUUCUGUCAAUGCCCCAGAGGACUGAAUUGCUACAUUCAGCUACUUUGUGCAAACUUUUUCCCUGCAACAUUUGACAACCCAAAGAUGGCUUUCAGCUUUACCAUCAUGAAGGAUUUCCACUUACACAUGCUCUGCUUGAAGAAGUCUGCAUAUGACUACUAUGCAAAACUUGUAAGGCAAACUAGUGACAUU